CUAGUGGAUCAAAUACCCUCUUUUAUAAUAUGUAAAAUAAAUACAUUUCUCAUAGCUUGUUAUUCAUUUCUAAUGGGUCAAAAAGUUUCUAGGACUGAUUUCGAAUGGGUUUAUACUGAUGAACCUCACGCCACUAGGAGAAAAGAAAUAUUAAAAAAAUAUCCAGAAAUCAAAAAAUUAAUGGGUUAUGAUGCCUCACUUAAAUAUAUAGCUCUAAUUAUGAUGUUAUUUCAGUUCACUGCUUGCUUUUUUGUCAAGGAUUUUUCUUGGCCAGUUGUAUUUGUAUUAGCUUAUUUCAUUGGAGGGUCUAUAAACCAUUCCUUGACCUUGGCCAUCCACGAGAUAAGUCACAACCUCGCCUUCGGAAACGCUCACCCUUGGAAGAACAGGUUUUUCGAGAUUUUCGUCAACCUGCCAAUCAUGAUUCCGUAUUCCGCCGCCUUCAAAAAAUACCACAUGGACCAUCAUCGCUAUCAAGGUGACGAUCAGCUUGACCUUGACAUUCCGUCCUUGUUGGAGACCCGUCUGUUCGCCAACACUUUCACGAAAUUGAUCUGGCUGUUUCUUCAACCCUUAUUCUACGCGCUUCGCCCUAUCCUGACCCGCCCUAAACCGCUGACACUUUUGGAAGCCGUCAAUCUGUGCUCCCAGCUGAGCUUCGACGUCCUUCUGUAUCAUUACCUGGGAGCCAAGCCGGUGUUUUACUUGUUGGGUGGAGCGUUGAUGGCCAUGGGAAUCCAUCCUAUGGCCGGCCAUUUUAUUAGCGAGCACUACAUGUUCGCCAAAGGUUACGAGACCUACUCCUAUUAUGGCGUGCUCAACAAGGUCACCUUCAACGUUGGGUACCAUAUGGAGCAUCACGAUUUCCCAAGUGUACCCGGUUCUAAGCUACAUUUGGUAAGAGCUAUAGCCAAAGAAUAUUACGAAGAUUUGCCUUGUCACACCUCGUGGUGCAAAGUUCUCUACGAUUUUGUCUUCGAUCCAGACAUCGGGCCGUUCGCGAGAAUCAAGAGACCCUCUAUUCUCGAUCAAGAAGGACACGAUUCUAAACAAAAUUGUUGCCCAAAGAAAGAAAAAUGUGAAGAUGGUCCUAAUGGCUUACCACCAAUUGGGAAUGGAGACAUUUUUAAAUCGCAAUGAAACAAUUAUUGCAAAGUUGUUAAGAAGAGAAAUUAACAUUUUAGAAGUGAAUUUGCUCAGAAUGCUGUGAUAAAUCAUAUUUAUAACGAACGAUUUAAAUUUCGCAUUUUUAUUUUAUAAAAAAAUAUUCCCUCAGUCAGAAUUAAUAUUAUUAACUUGCACUUUUUUGAUUGGUUUGAAAAGCGGAGAAGUCCGCCAUCGCAAGGCAUUAAAUUAGUCAUCUCUUCAUGUUAGUAUUAAUAUCGUAGCACCCAAGGCACCAAAAUUGUAUUUUUUUUAAAAAGAAAAUCUCACAAAGAUCCCCUUAAUUAAUUAGCUUGUUUUUGAUAAAUAUCAGUUUUUUUUAUUAAGAAUUUUAUUAGAAUAAAUUUGCUUCCACUAGUCACGUAAGAUCUAAUUUUAAUUUUUUUUAGCCUAAAUUUAUUUUGAAAAUUUUUACCCGCUAAAUAAUAAAAAUAUGCCGAUGUUUACAUGUCACGUGAUUUUGAAUCCCAAAAGCCAUUUUUAUUUUGUCCAUUUACUACAACUAAGCGCUAAUUUUGAUUGGAUAGCUCAAAUUAACAUUGUAACCCAUUGUGGUGAUACAUAGCAAUAUGACCGAAAACUUGCUUCUUUUUUUUAAAAGCUCUUUAUACAUUUAUUUUAUUUUUUUCGAAUAAAAAUUCUCGGAACAAUUAUAUCAUAACAUUUAGAAACAAAAAAAAAAUUUGAUGUAUUUAAUAUUGAAUUUUAAAAUGUGAUUUUUUUUUUCUUCUCAUUUUGUAAAAAUUGUUAGCUUAUUUAAUCAUCAUUUAAAAAAAUUGAUAAUAUAUACAUUCGUAUAUCUAUUAUUGUAUUUAUUUAUUUUUUUAAAUAUCACGUCAAAAACCAUUACCCCCCUUUUUUUAUAUAUAUGUUAAAGCAGUACAUAAACUUGUAUUUCUGAUUGUUUGCCAUUAGCUUAUACCGAUAAGUUUUAAGGAAAUAUAUAUAUAAUGUCGAGCUGUCUGUUUUAUUA